AUGUUACGACCUUCCCAGUGUUUAAGUCAGAUAAGCACAAGUCCAUUGAAAACGGCUCCAGACAGUCUUCUCCAAGAGUCACUGGGGUUUCCUGCUUCAACAGUGCUUGGAUGGAACCUGGUGCUCACGCCCUCCCAUCCCAGCCUGCUGCCCAGAUCCAUCCUUCUGCCACCCCUAACAACGCUCUUGGACCACCCCAAGUUUCCUGCCACCACUCCAGUGCCGCGAAGCUGCCUGUCCUCAGCCGCUAUCACAACCACAUCGGUCUCGCAGGUGCGCCAGAACCUACCACAGGACUCGAGGCCGCCAUUAACCACCAGGUCAACCCAGAGCUCUGUUUCCUAUGUCUACCUGUCCAUGUCUUACUAUUUUGACCGCAAUGAUGUGGCUUUGAAGAACUUUGCCGAAUGUUUUCUUCACCAGUCUCAUGAGGAGAGGGAGCAUACUGAGAAACUGAUGAAGCUGCAGGACCAAUGAGGUGGCCAAAUCUUCCUACAGGAUAUCAAGAAACCAGAACACGAUGACUAGGAGAAUGGGCUGAAAUCAAUGGAUGGGUAAUUGCACUUGGAAAAAAGUGUGAAUCAGUCACAACUGGAUUUGCACAAGCUGGCCACUGAAAAAAAUGAUCCUCAUCUGUGUGACUUCAUUGAGGCGCACUACCUGAAUGAGCAGGUGAAAUCCAU